AUGGCAACGGUUCUAGAAAGCAAUGUAGAUGUUCUCAUCGUUGGAGGCGGGCCAGCUGGGCUGAUGAUGGCGACCUGGAUGGCCAAAUGCAGCAUCAACGCACGCAUAGUCGACAAGCGAGGAACAAAGAUAUUCAACGGACAGGCUGAUGGCCUCCAAUGCCGCACCCUGGAGAUUCUCGACUCUUUGGGCAUUGGGCAUAGAGCAUGGCGCGAAGCGAACCACAUGGUCGAGAUUUGCCUUUGGAACCCCGAUGAGAAUGGAGUCAUCAGACGAAGCGACCGCAUUCCAGACACGAUACCGGGCAUCAGCCGCUUCCAGCAAGUUGUUUUGCACCAGGGCCGAAUCGAGAGGUUUUUCCUCGAUGCUAUCGCAGAGGCGAGUGACAUUCGCGUUGAGAGGGGAGUGAUGCCGUCCAGCCUCAAGAUAGACGAGUCGCUGGUGGAAGAUGAUGCUGCGUAUCCGAUUACUGUUACUCUGAGACAUCUCACUGAAAAAGAAGCUACCCCAAGGCAGUCUUCGACAUCUGUAAACGGCGAGGUAGUUCAGGAUGGGCUCUUUCGCAGCAACCUAGCAAAGGACGACACACAAGAUCUGCUGGAACUGUCGAAACUUCGUGACAAGGCGAAUAGUGAGGAGAUUGUUCAUGCAAAGUAUUUGGUCGGUGCGGAUGGAGCACACUCGUGGACGCGCAGCCAGCUUGGCCUGAAGCUCGAGGGAGAUUCUACCGACUACAUCUGGGGCGUUCUGGACAUUGUACCAAUCACCGACUUUCCAGACAUCAGAAUGAGGUGCGCUAUCCAUUCCGCCAGCAACGGAAGCAUCAUGGUUAUACCGAGGGAGAACAAGCUGGUUCGGCUUUACAUUCAGCUGACGACAACGGAAAAGACGGGAGAUACUUCGUCGAGAGCGGACAGAUCCAAGAUAAAUCCCCAGGUCAUUUUAGAAUCUGCACAGAAGAUCAUGGCACCGUACAAGAUUACCUACCGGAAGCUGGACUGGUGGACGGCGUACCAGAUAGGACAGCGUGUUGGGACGUCCUUUUCUGUGCAUGACCGUGUGUUUCUCGCAGGCGAUGCAGUGCACACUCAUAGUCCCAAAGCAGGCCAAGGAAUGAAUGUGAGCAUGCAAGAUACUUUCAAUCUCGGCUGGAAGAUUGCCAGCGUCGUCAAGGGCCACGCCAAGCGAUCUAUUCUGAAGACAUACCAGUCAGAGAGACGUGGCAUUGCUCAGGAGCUCAUCGCGUUUGACCACAAAUUCUCCAGGCUCUUUUCGGGCCGGCCAGCAAAAGACGUCAUGGAUGCAGAGGGCAUCAGCAUGGAGGAGUUCAAGGCAGCAUUUUUAAAGGGUCAUAUGUUUGCCAGCGGCAUUGCUGUCAACUACGGGGCCAGCGAGAUUGUUGCAAAGGAGGGCAGCCGUGAAGAGCAUGGUGACGGUACAGAUGUAUCCGUCGCGAAUGUCCAGAGUAAUGUCAUCUCCGACGAGUCUCUAUGUCGUGGCAUAACGGUUGGCAUGCGAAUCCCAAGCCACAAAGUCCUUAACCAAGCCGAUGCUCGUCCCUGGCACCUUCAAGAACUCCUUCCCAGCAAUGGCCGUUGGCGGAUCAUCGUUUUCGCUGGAAACGUCACCAACAGUGAGCAGCGAGGCAAGCUUGAGAAGCUGGCCCAAGACUUCGGCUCCCAGAGUGCUUUUUUAAGCCUCUAUACCCCAGAGGGUGCCAAAUAUGACGAAGUGUUUGAACUUCUCGUCAUUCACAAUGCUCCUCGAACCAGCGUGUCCAUCUUCGACUUUCCAGAGAUAUUUCGCCCCUUCGACGAGAUCGAUGGCUGGGACUACAAUAAGAUAUUCGUGGACGAUGUUUCAUACCAUGAAGGCUUCGGAAAUAUUUACGAUGCCUUGGGCAUUUCUCACAGUGGGUGCGUUGUUAUCGUUCGACCGGACCAGUACGUGUCUUAUGUUGGCCCAAUGGAGAACACUGCUGCAGUCAGCCGCUUCUUCGGAGGUUUUUUGAGAGUCCAACAGCAAUGA